GCUCCUUUAAGAGUUACAAGUGUACAAGUGUGUAUACUUUCAAGGACUUUGUUAAACAGUGGCGAGAACGCUGAAUGGAAUAGACGUAUGAAAAUUUACUGAAACCACAGCAUCCAUGAAAGGAAUACACUUUGGUUUCCUUUACUUCAUGCAGACAUUGGAAAAUGAACAAGGAACUCCUGCAUAGGGCGUCACUGGAGAACCAGAAGCUGAGUCUUAUGGGGGAGGUGUCCUACCUGAAACUAAAGCUGGCAGACAUGGAAGGAAAACAGGGCCAUGGGGGUGAAAGGCAGCACAAAGCAGAGACUGUAGUGAAUUUCAUUAGUGAGCUGCAGGAGCAAAUAUAUCAGUUUCAGAAGGAAAUCAAUAGCAAGAUCCAGGAGAAAAAGGCCCUGGAGAUCCCAAAUGACAGCAGGCUUCCUGUGGAGUGCCCCGCUGAGUCUUCUGAAAGCCAGGAUUCAAACCUGGGGGUGCCAUGUGACAAAACCUCGGGGAUAAUGAACAAACUGGAGGACGCUCCAAACGGGGCCGAUGGAAACACAACUACCCUGGAAGAGGGCAGUUCAGAUGCAGAGCAAAAGUACUACUGUGGAGGAGAAAGUGGCUUGCUUAAGGAACUCAGGAUUCUCAAGGACAAAGUCGAACACCUGGAGGAUCAGAAGUUACAGUACGAGAAGAAACUCAAAGCAACAAAGGCAGAGAUCAGCAGCCUUCAGCAGCUCCUGCACAGUAAGAACGCUGAGAUUGAGAGCUUGCACUCUCAGCUGCUGGCCAGACCCUCUUUAACCACAGAGAGCACAGAGAGAGAGGAGUUGUACAGGAAGAGACUAAACACCAAAUAUCAAGAACUGCAGAAGCUUAGGAGUGGUAUGAAAUCACUGGCAGCUGCCAAUGAUGAAAAGGACCGACGUAUUGAAGAGCUCACUCUGCUCCUGAACCAGUGCAGACAGUUCAGAGAGGUCUCUAGUAACGCAAGGCAAGCACCAUCUGCUGUCCGCACAUUGUCGAAUGGCAGGAGCCUGUCAAGCAGCAGUGAGGAAGAAGAGCAGGGUCUGAUGAAGAAUGGUGACACCUCGAGUGCAAAAUCGGAGGAUGUGAAGUCUGAAGCUUCGACAAACAGUUCUGCAUCCCAGCAGACAUCGAUUUCAUCAGUCCAGAAAGACAGCGAUUCCAGAUCAGAAGUACAGACUUUAUCAAGCAGCAUGAAUGACAUAACAAAUGGAAGUGCGCAAAAGACUGGCCCGAGUGAAAUGAGAAGUCACACGCUGCCUGUGAAUUCCUCUCUGUCAGAACAAAAUGGGAUCGGAGACAGCAGCAGUGAAAUACAGAGUCAAAGGUCUCCAGCUGGGAGUGAAGACGGAGACUCAAGCCAAAGAAAGCCAGAGAAAGGUGAUGACAGCACCUCAAGUGACACUUCCCCUGUUCAUUCUGGCCAGCGAGCUGUGGGCUCACCAGAAUACAUGAAGAAUAACAGGAGCUUCAAGAGACUCUGGGGAAAACUUAGAAGAACACAGUCUGGAGGCCUUCCCGCUACAGAUCCAGAUUCUGGGCAAUUUAGAAGAGGGGGACUGCGUGCGACUGCUGGUCCCAGACUGACCCGAACCCCUGAAUCAUUUGACUCAGCACGUGAUAUGAAUAUUCCAUUCAGCCAGUGGACCAAGGAGCAGGUGUGUGGCUGGCUAGAGGACUAUGGAUUGAGCCAGUACGUUAGUCUCUCCAGACAGUGGGUUGAAAAUGGACAAACACUUCUGUCUGCCACACCUCAGGAUUUUGAGAAGGAGAUGGGUAUGAAGAAUCCACUGCACAGGAAGAAGUUGCAGCUCGCUCUGCGUGCAUUCACCACUAAAGCUAUAGAGAAGUCCUCAGAGCUGGACCACAUCUGGGUCACCCGCUGGCUGGAUGAUAUUGGAUUGCCACAGUAUAAAGACCAGUUCCAUGAAGCUCGAAUAGAUGGUCGGAUGAUACAAUAUCUCACAGUGAAUGAUCUCUUGACUCUAAAGGUUACCAGCCAACUCCACCAUCUUAGUAUUAAGUGCGCAAUUCAUGUGCUUCAUGCCAAUAAAUUCAACCCAAACUGUCUUCGACGUAGGCCAGUGGAGGAGAAACAUCCUCCUCCUUCAGAAGUAGUGCAGUGGUCUAACCAUUGUGUGAUGGAGUGGCUGAGAGCAGUUGACCUAGCUGAGUAUGCUCCUAAUCUACGGGGCAGCGGUGUUCACGGUGGACUGAUUAUUCUGGAGCCUCGCUUCAGCUCAGAGACUUUGGCCCUGCUUUUAAAUAUUCCUCCGCAAAAGACUUUGCUCCGUCGUCAUCUCGCAACUGCAUUUUCUGCUCUGGUCGGGCUUCAGGCCAUGCAGGAGAAACGAGAAUAUGGCAAUGCUACGGGCCAUGUGCCUCUCACUACAACCGCAAAAGUAAAGCCGAAGAAGCUGGGCUUCACUCAAUUCAGUCACCUCAGAAAGAGGAAGCCUGAUGAAUCUGCGGACUAUAUCUGCCCGAUAGACAGUGGAGCACUAACAGUAAACGGAGUUUCUCGCCUGCCAUCUUCAGCACAAAGGGGCCUCAGCCCCAGGUUGGACAGACAGGCUGAGAGGGAGGAACAAGUGGGGAUCAAAGCUCAAACUAAUGGCCCCAAACAAUAAUUAAAAUAAAGCACGGAACGCCAUGCUGCCCACCCCACAUAUAUCUAAGUGACUUCAUAAAUCCAGCGGAAAUUCUAAUGCAGACAUUUACCCAUGAUGCACCUGCGUUGUGAUUUGCUGAAAGGGCUGUGAUGCAGUAUUUAGCAAUUGUUAAUUGUUGUUAAUGUUUAUCUAAUUAGAUAAUAUUCAUCUUAAGAAGGUGAUGAUUAAUGACAGUGUUUGAAUUGUUUUAAUAAAGCUACUCUGCAUUCCUUAUACAGUGGAAUUCCAAGGCUUACACUUUUGCUUUUAAGCAUUUUAUCAACUAUUUUGUAUGUAGACUUCUUUAGACUUAGUAAGAAUAAUGAUGACCUUUUCUUGUUGCACAUGUGGAUUUUUGUACAGUGUAAUAACAGAUCAAAAUGUUUAAAGUUAUCUUUAAGGCUUCUGUAUAAAUCUGAUUAAAUGUUUUUUUUGCAGCUUCAAAUAAGGCUUGUUGGUUUAUGGGAACCUAGAACCCCAAUUUUGUCCUCAUUUGCAGUAAUUAAAACUUGUAUUAUAUUUAAUUUAAAAAAAAAGAUCCAUAACACUAGUUUCCAAUAAUUUGUGAUGCCAUCUGAUACUUAAAGACUUAAAGAGACUAAAGACUGCCCAGUAACAGUCAAACUUUAAUAAGAAACAAAGAAUUGAUAUCAGGAGAAAGUCUGAAUAUUUGUUUUAAUGGAGCUGAUAAUGGUGCAAUAGUGCAUGUUUUGAUUUUGUUGACGAUUUAAUAAAUUCAUCAAAGAACUAAUGUUCUCUAUAUUGGAGUAGUUGUAUAGUUUUCACACAGUUAAAAUAUUUUUUCUAAAGCAUCCUCUAAAGCAUAUAUAGGGGUAAAUAUAUGUAGUCAUUGUGAAGUAACUGUUAUCUGCAGAAAAAUGUUCUGUGGCUUUAUUGUAAAGUCAGAAUAAAA